UGUGUUUACGCUGAGAUGCUCACAACAAAGGACGGCACACCGAGAGCCUGUCAUUUAGAACAAAACACCGUGGAUAUUCUGUGUCACGGUGACCGGCUGUAACUCCAGGAAGAGGAGAACACAGAACACCAGAACCCUAUUGACGUCCGUUGUUUUUUUUUGUUUUCGUUUUCUUUUCUUUUUUUGAUAUAUGUUUUUUUUUUUUUUUUUUUUUUUGGUAAUUCAUCCUUGAGGGGGAGAAAUUAAGACGAAAUUUCCUUUUUUUUUUUUUUGAUGUGUGUGCGUGUGUUUGUGCGUGUGUGUAUGUGUAUGUGCCGGUGGAGCGUUAGCUAGCUUGCUAGCCUCAGCAAGUUGGGAAAGCCAGGCAGCAGCAGCAGAGCUCAGUGAGCCCCGCCGACCGGACACAAUAAAAAGGACUUCAUCAUUGAAACCGCAGGCAGGACGAGCGCUGCGUGAGACGGACACAUGAAGCAUGAGAGGGUGGAGCUGAGGCUCAGCUGACCCUUCCCCUUCCUUCUCCUCCUUUCCCCCCGUGCUCCACUCGAUCAGCACCUCCCCCCCUCCCCUCCCUUUCCCUCCUUUCCCCUUCCUGUCUCCCGUCACCCUAUUGGAGCUCACCCAUCUUGCCUCCCCUCCUCCUCCUCCUCCGAGCCUCAAUCAGCCGUGCCCAAUGUACUCCCCGGAGCAGGAAAACAUCUCCACCACCUCCUCCACCAAAGUGCCAGUGAAGUAUGGAGAGCUCAUUGUGCUGGGGUACAAUGGCUCUCUGCCCAAUGGAGACCGAGGGCGACGUAAAAGCCGUUUUGCGCUUUGCAAGAGGCCGAAGGCAAACGGGGUGAAACCCAGCACAGUUCACGUCGCCUGCUCUCCACAGGCAGCCAAGGCCAUAAGCAACAAAGACCAGCACAGCAUCUCAUACACUCUGUCUCGAGCCCAGACGGUGGUGGUGGAGUACACACACGACAGCAAUACAGACAUGUUCCAGAUCGGUCGAUCGACAGAGAGUCCCAUUGACUUUGUAGUGACGGACACGGUGGCGGGCAGCCAGAGUAACGCAGACACCCAGUCGGUUCAGAGCACCAUCUCCCGCUUCGCCUGCCGCAUCAUCUGCCAGCGCACGCCGCCUUACACCGCACGCAUCUAUGCCGCAGGCUUCGAUUCCUCCAAGAACAUCUUCCUAGGGGAGAAAGCUGCUAAGUGGAAGACGUCUGACAGUCAAAUGGACGGGCUGACCACAAACGGCGUGCUGGUGAUGCACCCUCGAAACGGCUUCACCCAGGACUCCAAACCGGGCGUCUGGAGGGAGAUCUCCGUCUGCGGCAACGUCUUCACCCUGCGUGAAACGCGCUCAGCACAGCAGCGGGGAAAGAUGGUGGAGACCGAGACCCAGGAGCUCGUCGACGGCUCUCUCAUCGACCUUUGCGGUGCGACCCUGCUGUGGCGCACAGCUGAAGGCCUGUCGCGCACCCCCACCCUCAAACACCUGGAGGCUCUGCGGCAGGAGAUCAACGCGGCCCGGCCGCAGUGUCCCGUGGGCUUCAACACGCUGGCCUUCCCCUCAAUGCGUCGCAAGGACACGCCGGACGAGAAGCAGCCAUGGGUCUACCUUCAGUGCGGCCACGUGCACGGCUACCACAACUGGGGCAACCACCGCGAGGAGAGGGAGGGCCGGGAGGGCCGGCACAGGGAGUGUCCCAUGUGCCGAGCUAAAGGGCCCUACGUGCCGCUGUGGUUGGGCUGCGAGGCGGGGUUUUACGUGGACGCCGCCCCGCCCACUCACGCCUUUAACCCCUGCGGCCACGUCUGUUCGGAGAAGACGGCGGCCUUCUGGAGUCAGAUCCCACUGCCGCACGGCACACACACCUUCCACGCCGCCUGCCCCUUCUGUGCCCAGCAGCUGAAUGGCGAGCACGGCUACGUCAGACUCAUCUUCCAGGGACCCCUCGACUAGGACGGGCAACUUCCCAUCAUCCUUGGAGUGAGGCAGAGCGGGGAGCUUUUUGUUUGGCCCUGCACUGAAAACAGGGACCUUCCCCAGAUCUGUUUUCUUUUCUCUGCAGUAAAGAUAAAAAAAACUUUUUUUCUGGACUUUUUUUUGUCUCUUUCUCAUUUUUAAGUGACCUUUGUAUUGCUUUUUCAUGAAUGACAACAAAGAUUUCUAUAUUUUCAUGUGAAACCAGAGACACAAAAACCAAACAAAGAACACUGCUGGGUAAACUUUUUGUGUUUGUUUCUCGGAAAGAACUUUUAACAACAGUAUUUAUCUAAAUUACUAACACACCGUAGUGCAAACACACGGCUUUUAUUCAUGUUUAUUGUUGCAAUAUACAUCUGUGUACAUCUGUUAGAGCUAAUUUAAACAAAGAUGUUUAUUUAUGGCCCAGGAACCAUUGCUUCACUCUUUAUCUGUCAGAUAUGCCUAACUUCAAUACUAUUUAGCAUUUUAAUUUGAAAAUACAGUAUAUUGUUAAUCAGAUAUAAAGUUCUAGGUGUGUUCUGAGGGUUCGUUCAGUGUCUUUCCCCCAUGUUCACCUCUCAGAUCUGUUUGUCCUAUUUAUACACCCUGUCCUCUGGCGUGCUCUCACUGUGUGUGUUAACCCUUCAGUUAUACUUCUCUCUCAUUAGGCGUCACCAUGGCCUUCUCGCAUUCAAAGCAAUAGAUUUGGAACGGAAACCUCCUAAAGCAUUAUGGGAAGCUGAGUCUUCUAGGCGUCUUUGUAAACAGCCUGAACGACUGCUCCCUCCCUUUAAAGUCCGAGUGAAACGUUUUUGUGGAGCAGGAAGCUCCAUCCAUCCAUGACAUCAAGCAAGCAACUAAACACACUUAGGAAAAAGACAACUGUAGCUGUUUGACUCAGGUUUGACACACGCAAACACACGCAUGGCUUCAAGUUACUAAACCCUCUUUAUGGAUGUGUGCGUGUCCUAAUCAGGGCUGUGUAUUAAUCUGUGCUUUCCACACAGUGUGUUGAAGUUUCCGCCAAAGAGCAUUUUAGGGCUGACUAGCUCCACAGUGUGGGAACAGAAUAUCAGGACUGACUGGUCAAAGAGAGAUCCAGCCCAGACACAGCCCAUGGCCCCUCCCUAACUAUGUAAGAUUUCACCGGCUGUAAAGACAUCCUGAUAUUUUGUAGACUGAGUGAAAGCACAAAUUCUCCCAGACUCCUGCUGCAUGAACACACCACACAUCCUGCACCGUCGCUGUAGUUCGUCCACUUCACUGCUGCAGCCGCAGUCGGUGUGAGAACGAGAGACACACACACUCGCACUGUAGAAACUGUCCAACAGUGAAGCAGCUUUACUGUCACAGUCACUUCCCAACUCUCCACAUGUUCUUCAGUAUACACACACACAGAGCCUCUACAGGUGUCCUUAGUGUGUGUGUGAAGUGUGCACAAGUGUGAGUGUGUGUGUGUGUGUGUGUGUGUGUGUGUGUGUGUGUGAGCGACAUUGUAAUUUAUGUGUUCAUGAUGAUUGUAUGUGCACAGUCUUCGGUUUGUGUGUGUUCAUUUGUCCACACAGUUGUUCUUCUCCACACACAGAUAACCUUCAUCAGUAUCCCCCAGAGCUCCGACUGCAACACGCUAACUCACCUCAGGGAGAAAAACAAUGACCUGUGUCUCUCACACACACACAGACACACACUGACACACACUGCUUAAGUCCUCUGAGGACGCGUCAUAAGUU